AUGUCAUAUCUUUCAGGUAUCGACUUCCGCAAGAAAUUCGCACCACUUUUUGAAAUAAAUCCUCUUUUGACUGACAAUCGAGAAAUUCAGAAGGCCAAGUUUCCAAAGGUGAAGCCAAGAGAGAUAAUACUUCUUGAUGAUACAGACGAUGAAGCUGAAUCGGAUAUCAUUGUAGACGAACGAAGACAAGUCUCUGAUAAUCCCGAUGAAGGUACCGCAGAUGUAAAGAAUCAGCCGCAAAACGCAGAUAUCCCUGGCUCAAAAAGGAGUUUCUCUGUUUAUGAAAUCUCAGAUGAUUCAGAUGCCGAUAUUAGUGACUACGAUUUUGGCUAUGAUGCUGGGUCUGACCCAGAAAUAUAUCACGGUAGCCAAUCAUCAAGCUCACCAUCUGUGAUCCGACCUCUAGCAAAAGUGAAGUCAACCAAAAAGCCAGAUCAAGAAUCAGAAACUCGUACGACGCCAUGGAUUUCGAAGAUUGCUGGUACUUUAUUUGGCAGGAGCCUCAGGCCAGUCGAGAGGAACAAGGAUGAAAAAUCGUGGGAAUUGGCCUUGAAAGAAUAUCGUGAAGCUAUGUCGCUGGCUCGAAGAACCGGGAAAGAGUUCUUACGUGAAAGUAGGGAGAAGAUAAUGGAAAUUGAAUAUCGGGCUGGAGACAGCAUCCUGGUUGAACUUGGUACUUGA